CGUGGUUGGCGGGUAAGCGGGACGCGCCGUGCCGUGCCGGUUUUGCACUGAGGAGACGUUGCUCUUGGGUUGCUCUGGUCCUAGUUUCCCUCCGACGCGGCGAGGCCUACCCUUUAAGAGCCUGGGGUGGGGCCAUACUUGCUGCAGGAACCUGCCCUUUAAGGAUCAUCCGAGCCUCCGAGGCCGCCUGGAGCCGGCUGCUGCGGACCCGCUGCUGUCGGACCUCGAGCCGGCCCGGCUCCGCCAUGGUUUCGUGGAUCAUCUCCCGGCUCGUGUUGCUAAUAUUUGGCACUUUGUACCCUGCAUAUUCCUCUUACAAGGCCGUGAAGACGAAAAACGUAAAAGAAUAUGUGAAGUGGAUGAUGUAUUGGAUUGUGUUUGCCUUCUUCACCACAGCAGAAACGCUCACAGAUAUUGUUCUUUCCUGGUUUCCGUUUUAUUUUGAGUUGAAAAUCGCAUUUGUGAUCUGGUUGCUCUCUCCUUACACCAAGGGCUCCAGCGUCCUCUACAGGAAGUUUGUGCACCCAACGCUCUCCAAUAAAGAGAAGGAGAUUGAUGAGUAUAUUACCCAGGCCCGUGACAAGAGCUAUGAAACCAUGAUGCGAGUCGGCAAGAAAGGUUUAAACUUGGCUGCCAAUGCAGCAGUUACUGCAGCUGCAAAGGGUCAGGGAGUUCUAUCUGAGAAGCUGAGGAGUUUCAGCAUGCAGGACUUGACUCUGAUCCGGGAUGAAGAUACUGUGCAUCUACAGAGCCCGAAGCCACAGCUGCGCACCUCCACUAGUCGCCUUGAAACCAUUGAGGAUUCAGCUGCUUCUUGUUACUCCUCAGGAGAAGAGGCCAGUGUGUCUCAUAGGUCAAAUGGAGCCCAAUCUGAUUCUAGAACAGAACCUUCAGAUGAGGAUGCAGGAGACAAAACACCGAAACGCACCCAGAGCCUCAAAGCUCCUAAGAAAGUUACAAAAGCUGAGCCUCCACUAAAGAGUGUGAAAGCUCGCCCCAAGAAGAAAGCUGCAGGCUCCAUUGCUGCUGGGGAGUCAGCCUAAGGACACCCUCACCCAUCUGUCCCAGGAUUCCUGUCACUUUGAAGGGACACUUUCCAAAGGAAGGGAGCGGAGAUGCAUGUACAUAACAGCUACUUCUUUGUAGAGCUCAUUCCAAGGCAAGGGGGUGACAGGGAUUCAGCAUGUGGAGUGGAGGAUGCACAUCCUCAGGAAUUAUUUAGUCUUCAUCUCUCUGUUGGAGAGAAUGCUGAUCUAUUUGUACAUAGCCUGUUGCUUUGGGAUCCCCUCUCUGCAUAACCCUAAUAGGGAAACUCUGCUGGAAGAACUGAUUAUUCUUAUUCUUAACAUAGCGCAAUGUGCCUCAGGUGGCACGUGACCAGGAUUCACUACCAAAUUUGGUCUGCUGGUUAAUUAGGGUUAGAGCCAUCCCUUGUGCAGAGGCUGGAACAAAUAUUUAGGAUGGCGCCACUGAAGUUCCAUUUGGGGUGGAGAGCUCCCAUAAAUGUCUUACAUCAGCCUGGGCAUCCUCCUGAAGCUACUGAGGGGAAUUAUUGGUAGGAAGUGCCUGUAGCAAAGUGGCUGGUACCAGUUCCUUCGUAAUUCAAGCCCAUUCUCGUAGGGAAGGGGACUGAAGCAAUAUGUGGCUCAUGCUCUCCAGUUUCAUUCAUGAUUGACUUGUAGGACGAGUGGGAUUGUGUCCGGGUUCCAGCAUAUGCUGCAGAUGGACUCUCAGGAAGUGAGGAUGAACAGCUCUUUGCUUUUCAGGGAAAAGGAAGAGCAGGGAGGGAGCUGAGACUCCACAGUGGCUAGGAGGACAUGAGUGGGUGUGUGAGUGUGUGUGCAUGCUGGAGUAUAUACAAGUGUCUGCUGGAGAACUGACUAUUUGGCACUCCUGGAGUUUGUGGUCCAGGUUCCAGAAUUGCUUGAAUUUUAUUUUGGAUUCCAUAGUCCAAUCCAAUUCCUGUAUGGAUGAUGUCAAAGGGUGUGUGUGUGAGGCAAUGCUGGGGCCAAUGAGCCUCUCCUGGCAGUGCUUUGGGUGGACUGUGAGGAUGUUACAUUCACUCCCAAUGGCUGAACUCCACAGCACCCUGAUGCUAGUUACCCGAGAACUAAUCUGACAAAUUCUUUCAUUCUAACAGAUGACACUGGAAAACCUGGCUCAAUGCAGUCUGCAGACUUACUUGAAUAAGUGUGAGGUGGAACAAAGCUAGAGGCCCUUCUGUCCCAACUCAGAAGGCUCCAGGAGAGCCAAUCCACAGGGCGUGAGAGUUUACAAAUAACUAAAGUAUGAAAACUUCAUUAUCCUGAUACCAGGACUCCAUUCUUCAGUUGGGGGGAAAAAUACAGUAUUGGGAUUGAUCAAUCCUUCUGCUGCAUCUCACUCCAGCCCUUGAACAACUCUUCAUAUAUUUAACAAUGUGCCAAAUCCAUCAGUCUCCUGGAACCUGAGCUACAUGUAAGAUUCAAGCCAGAAAUACGUUUGGAUAUGGGGUAUGUAAUGAGGGGGUUGGACGUCAGUAACACUCUCAUUU